CGCAAGCGUGCUAGCGCUGACUGUCCACUUGCAGCAGCGACCUCAAUUGCUCCACCGGGCUUGAUUCCUCGUCCUGAUCCAGCAGAUAUCAGAACUCCCACUCUCACCACGUUUCACAAACAGCCUUCCACGCUCCGCGGUGCCCAAAGCGCACGCCUCGUCCGUCCCGCGACAAAGCAUCACGGCCUCGCUUCUACAAUUCCCCGAGUUUCGAGAUCAAUGAAUCUCCGGAUCCCCAAGCCCCAAACAUGCUGGCAGAGAUUUGGGAGCCGGCUUCGUCUCCACAGUUGCGUCUGCUCGCGACGUGCUCUCGAAAUAAAUCCCCCGAAACCUUCUCAAAAGUCAAAACCCAUAUCCCAGGCCAAUAUUCCGCAGGGAGGAACAAUAAUGGAUACGGGUCUCUAUGCAAACCGCCUGAUUUCGACAGCAGGAGAUGAGGCUGCAGCUCUUGGUCCUGGUCCUUGCCCAUGCAGCCGCAGAGGCAGAGAGGCUGCUCCACUUGCAUCCCCGUCUAGACCGCUUCGCCAUCCGUGCCCAGCCUACCCUAACGUCCAUCUCACAUAUACCCGAUCUGAGAAGUCUUAACACCUCCACAAAUCACGCCUCAUCACUCGCCCCCGACAGCAAACAGAGUUUACGCACGCAGCUCAACGCAGAACUUCCACCUCUCAAAACUCCAGAUCUAAAGUACCUGUUCUUUUUCAGCAAAUGCCACGUCGAAACUGCAGCCGAGACAUCCGGGUUUCGAACCCCACAUGUGGUGCAUCACCGCUCCUCUCUCUGCCCGUGAUCUGCUCUGGACCAAGCAAACGGAGCUCGCUCUCCCUCCCCUCUGACUGGUCGGGUCCCAUCUUCAUUCCGAAAAGCAGCGACCAGAAAACACAUGACAUUCUCCGCCUUCCCACAUAUCGCUCGCGCCAAUAAGACGCAACGCAGCCCUAUAUGUGGAGGUAUUAUACCUCCCCUCGCCCACCGCCAACACCUGCCUCACCACUCGAAACGACGGUUAGGGCCGAUGUUACCAGCCACACCGCGUUUGAUUUUGCGAGCCGUUCUUCUUCCUUCCCAGCCACUUUCCACAUGAUCAUUCAGGAGAAGAGGUCCGCAAGCCACGCAGCUGUGCCUCUGCCCUGCACCACA